AUGCAGAUGAAGAAUCUUCAGGUUUCCCUGAAAGGAACCAACAGAAGGAAGAACGCCCAAGUCCACACCUCAAGGGUCCUCAUCCAAAUCGAAGGACUGCCGAAGAGGAAGAAAGUCACCCGACGCGAGGCUCUGAGCUCCAGACCGAGGUGCUGUCAGUUCCCCGUCCAGACGGACGAGACGCAGCGCUACACCUCCACCUCAGCCAACCUGAGCCGCCUCCUCGGCGGCCUUUUCCCGGACUGCAGCGGACAGCAGAAACAGGCCAAGGGCCCCAGAGGACCGGGGCCGGUCGGCCGUGACGGCCCCCACAUCGGAGGCAAGACACUGCACGCCGCAGGGAGGCAGAGGUGCUUCAGAGUUCCAGAUUUUUCUACAGACAUCUUGCAGACCACCGCCGAGCUGGAAAAGGAAAACGCUCACCUGGUUGUGGUGGACCUGGUCCUGGAGGUUCUGGAAUCAGUGAAGUGGACUCUGAGCUUCUCCGCAGACACACAGAGUCACACACCAUCCGGGACGUGCACGCAACAACACACUCAGGCCUGUUUACACACCAGCACACACACCUCCAGCACAGGUGUUCCUCAACCCAGAGACACACACACACUUUCAGACACAGACACACACAUGCACUCCUCCCGAGCGUCCAUGUGUGAGAACAAACAGUCAGAAGAGGAAACCAGCAGUCGGUCCAUCUUCUCCACCGACAGCGGAUUUGAAGAAUGCGGAGUCGACGUGAACUAUGACCCUCUCAGCAGUGCGGAGCGCCUUGCUCAGCAACUGGUGCUGAACUUCAAGAAGAGCUGGUGUCCGUCCAGGAGGUCACACAGGGGUCAACUGAGCCUCCGCAGCUCGCUGCAGGAGCUGCCAGGAACUGGAGGUGUGGCGGUGAGCAGCAGCCAUCUGAAAGAGGAGAUCAGACUAAGGACCAGGAUGAGAGGAUCGUUGAACUGGGCUCCUCCACGUCUGCAGAUCAUCUUCACAGUGCAGCCCCCCCACAGACGCAGUGACGUAGUGGCUCUACAGCACUUCCUGUGUGCCGGAUGCGGGACAGAAGUGGAACCCAGAUACAUGAAGAAGCUACGUUACUGUGAAUAUCUCGGCAGAUAUUUCUGUGACUGCUGCCACAGUGGCUCUGAAGCAGUAAUUCCUGCUCGGGUUCUGUCCUGCUGGGACUUCAGCAGGUUCCCUGUGUGUGACUUCUCCAGACAGCUGCUGGACUCUCUGUGGUUUCAGCCUCUGUUCGACCUGAGCUGUGUGGGGAGGAAGCUGCAGGGCCGAGUCAAGGAGCUGGACCGCUUCACCGAGCUUCAGGAGCAACUGGGAGGAGUGAAGAAGCUGCUGACAGCCUGCAGAUUCUCUGAAAGUGUGUUGGUGGAGUUCCAGCAGCUUCCUGCUCACCUGAUGGAGCAGCCACGUCUCUUCUCCAUGGACGACCUGCUGAAGGUGAAGAAGGGGCAGCUGGUGCUGCAGGCCAGAACCGUGCUGCACGCCGCCCUGGAUCACAUCGAAAGCUGUCAGUUGUGUCUGGCUCGAGGUUUCUUCUGUGAGUUCUGCGGAGAAAAAGACAUCAUAUUUCCUUUUCAGAGUCACAUCUGCAAGCAGUGUGCAGUGUGUAAAGCCUGCUUUCACAAACAUUGUUUUCUGGAUAAAAAAUGUCCCAAAUGCAUCCGGAGGGAAUCCUGGAAAAAUAACCAUGAAGACUGAAUUCAGCAACACCGUCAAUCAUUCACCUGCAGAGCAUUUGAAGAACUCUCUCUCAUGGACCUCAGUCGGAUUUGUAUCAGACUCAUUGAUGGACUUUUGGUCAGAUGUUUUGUAUUUAGCUUUACUUAUUCAAUUCAAAUAAGCUUUA